GGGCAUCUGCUAGGGGGCCCCAUGCGCCGUGUCAUGGAGGCUCAGUGUGCGAGCGGCCAUUGAAGGGAAAGGAGCUGCGCGUUUCGCAACAGGAGGCGGGAUCGGGGUGGCAGAGCAGUCCGGAGUUCCCAACUCCGCUUGCACCGCCUUCGGGGCCCUUUGUUGAGCAGCCGAGAGGGGGGAUUCUCCUUUAAUUUUGCUCUUCUCCUCCCCCUCCUCCUCCUCCUCGCCACGCAUCCCCUCGCCUGCCUGUCGGGUUCUCCUUAGGUAGUUUUGCGCCCCUCCCUCGCUCUCCACUUUGGAGAGCCUUUCCAGAUGGAGAUGAAAAAGCUGGAAAUGAAGAAGCGCGUUAACCUGGAGUUGAGGAACCGCGCGCCCGAGAAGACUCAGACCAACUCAGAGGCAAAUGUGCUGCCCUUUUAGGUGGCUGAGCUGGUGCUCGACAACUGCCGCUCCGGCAAUGGUGAAAUUGAAGGCCUGAGUGACUCAUUUAAAGAGCUGGAAUUUCUCAGCAUGGCCAACACAGAGUUGACCUCUUUGGCCAAACUCCCCACUCUGACAAAGCUCCGAAGGCUGGAAUUGAGUGACAAUCUAAUUUCCGGUGGUCUAGAAGUCCUGGCAGAGAGAUGUCCAAAUCUUACAUACCUAAAUCUGAGCGGCAACAAAAUCAAGGAUCUCAACACUGUUGAAACUCUUCAAAAUCUGAAGAACCUGAAAAGCCUUGAUCUGUUUAACUGUGAGAUCACAAAUCUGGAAGAUUACAGAGAAAGUGUGUUUGAACUGCUCCACCAAAUCACGUAUCUAGAUGGGUUUGAUCAGGAUGAUAACGAGGCCCCGGAUUCAGAAGAGGAAGACGAGGAUGAUGGGGAUGAAGAUGAGGAUGAAGAUGAGGACAAAGCUGGUCCCCCAGGCGAAUAUGAGGAAAAUGAAGAUGACGAUGCUUCAGACUUGGGGGAGGGGGAAGAGGAAGAGGAAGUGGGUCUUUCAUAUUUGAUGAAAGAAGAGAUUCAGGAUGAAGAGGAUGAUGAUGAUUACGUAGAAGAGCGAGAGAAUGAGGAAGAAGACGCCGCUGUCAAGGGGGAGAAGAGAAAACGUGCAGCUGAAGACGAAGGAGAUGACGACGACGAUUAAGUCAUAGAAAAUACAAAUAGGACCCGAUUCAUUUUUGUUGGAAUUAUGCAAUAGUGAUAUGCAGAUUUGUAAGGCUCCAUGUAUGAUAGGUCUCUACAAAAGAUAUUAAUGUGUUUAACUUUUUAUAGGAAGUGUUUUACUAUGUUGCCCUUUUUAUCAUUCCAACUAAGACAUAAUAAUCCAUUAUUGAUCAUAUUUCCAUCCGUUUUACUCACUGAAGCAGUUGUCCCUAUUUCCUGCAUAGAAACUUUAUUCCUCCCAUUUUUUUCUUGUUUCCUCAUUAUGAGCAUGCUGUUAACCCUAGUCAGUUACUUCAGAUGGAUUGAACAGAUUUAAUAUAAACUUUUAAGAGAGCAUGCUCAAGUCAAAUAUACAGGAGUAAGAUAACCAACUCUUCAUUGGAAAGGACUAUGUUGCAACUGAAAUGGGAAUUAGGUGAUCUGGAACUCCAUUUUACCUAUCAUUUAAUUUUAAAAGGAUAUCUGAAUGAUGCACUGAAUUCCUAGUUCAUUUCUGUGUGGUUAGUCUCUUUCUCUCUCACACACACACAGAGAGAGACUUUUCUAGUAGAUAAUUUUAAACAAGACUGGAAUACAGUUCUCUAUUUUAGUCUCACUCUUCCAAACAAAAUAUAAACUGGAAAUAAUUAUAGUUCAUUCAAGAUUAUAAUUUUUUCAUGAUCCUUUUGACCAUUCCUCUAGACUUAAAAAAAGACUCAUAGCUUACAUGCAUAUUUCAAAAUUCUUUUGUUCUAAUUAAAAUUGAACAAUCAUUCUUCAGUACUAAAUUCAACCUAAUUCUUUCUCGCUAUAUUGCCCUUUCAAGCAAUAUUGGCAGGUGAGCUGAGCUUAGAGCCAAGCUCCUGAAAACCACAAGUUGCUUGUGUUGCUAAACUGGGAAGACAUUUAGGAAGGCAGCUGGCCCCUGAAGCCAACUGAGAAGGGAGAAUGGCUUUACACCUUGACUCAUGGAAAGAAAUAUACAAAGUUACGAUUUGGCGUUCCCUCUGGGAUAGGCUAGUUCGUAAAAGUAUGGGUUCUUAUUGAGGGAAGUUAUUCAGCCUUGAUUUCACUGUUAAAAAAAUACAGAAAUACAUUUUCUACAUGUGCCAGCAAGGCAAUACUAAUCUUUUCUGUGGAAGGUAGACUGGUUACGUUCUUAUUCCCUUUUGUGCAGGUUAUUUUGACAAAGAAAAUGUAGAAAAAAUGGAUUCAGAGCUGUUUUCUGGUUCUCUGUUUCUGACAGAUGAACUUGUAUUAUUAAAUAAAUAUUUUACUCAAAUACA